UGGGUUAUUGUUUUUUUUUGCUAAAGUUUUCUGUCAUUCUACAUCAUGGCUGCCAAUGCUGCGCCACUAAAAAGUGCCGCAUCGCAAAAAUCUCUGUUUUAUCAAUUUUUGCGUUUCUCUUGGUAAAUUCCGCUGUUUACCGCUUUUCGAGCUAAAUAUAUCCCGUAUCGGUGAAAAUGAGCCCCAGUUUUAGUCAACUCUCAUGAAAAAAUCACCAGAUAUAAUGGUCCCUUAGAACAGCAUGAUCUUCACUCUAUGCUACGCCUACGCCACCAUAAUGCAGUGGUGGCGUCUACGUACACUCGGCUCCAAAUUAAACGGCACCUUAAACGACCAAAACGCCCUUUUGGUGUGUUCAGGGGCGUCCGUGCACGACAGCCGCAAACACCGCAGCUUGGAAAACCUACUUUUUCGUACGGAAAAUCGGAUUGCGUGCACGGUGGUGCCAAAGCAAAAACUCAAUCUAAGCCAGUGGAUCGCUUUCCCGAAGAAUCUGCGAUAUUUUCCGAUUUAUAUCGACGACAAUAAAGUGUCUUUUAGUGAAGGAAAAAUUUUUAUAGUCGUACAAGCCAUUUUGGAUAACUAUACGAAGCAUCAGAGUGAGAUUAUUCAAGUGGAGAAUUUCGGGGAGUUGGUUGGGUGGAAAGCGAGCGAUUCGUUCGAGGUUGUUGUGAAAACUGACAUGAAUCACUUGACGAAACUCAUAAAUCAGUUCUCGCAGAGUGACAUCGAUAUUAACCAUGAGCUGAAACUUCUGAAAAUUGAAACCGUCGAGGUCGAAGGCGCUCCCACGGUAAUAAAAUACGACAAAAAGUACCUAAAAGAACAAACCCUCAAAUACUCGUACGCCCCAGUCCACUGGAACAAAUUCGUCACGGAAAUCAAAGAUCUAUACUCAAAAAUUCGCGACAUAACUAACCCGAAAAUAAAAAUCGAAAACGGUUCCCCUAAAUGUUUCGAAACUGCAGCGCCGAAAGUGAUAAAGAAAGAAACAAAAAAGAAUGUGGAAGACAAACACACGCUCGACGUGAAAAAAGAAAUGAAAAAAUCACCGGAAGAUAAAAAUACGCUUGACGUGGCGGUGACGGAGCAUAGACGCCAUAAGAAAAGCCGAGAAAGCACUAGUAAGGGUGUAACGAAGACGAAGCAUAAAACGAAGAGUGUCGAAGAAGUGCCAAAGAAAGAGAAGGAAAGGGAGAAAGAACAUAAACAUAAAAGAACAGCGAAUAAAUUAGUAAAGCAGAGUUCGGUGAAAGACAGCGAAGGAGAAACGAAAGCGGAGAUUAAGGAGAAGGUGAAAGAUGGUGCCCAUGGUGUGAUGAAUUUUGGACAACCAAAACCACCAAAUGUUUUGGUGUAUGCGGAUAGCAUAAUUACGAAGGAUAAUGUGAAAAGGGUGCUAUUUUCGAUUUUAAAUAAAGAAAAAUACACAAUCUACGACCUCCCCACAUCCUCCAAACAAACUGGCUGGGACAAAUCCACCGUAAUUGUCGUGGUUUGCGGCAGCGUCCCCCCCGACCUAACCUCAAACCUCAUCCAAUACUUCCUUUCAGGCGGCAAACUCCUCUGCCUCUGCAGCGACCUCAUGUACAGCGUCCUCUACACCUUCACGACGGCGGAAGUACGCGAACACGAGCUCGUGCGCUUCUCGUACGGCUCGUGGCAGCGGGUGAAGAUGAUGCACCACAUCUUCUGCUACCAAGCCUCGCCUGCCAAGAAGCAGUUCAGCAAGGACUCGGAGUCGAACCAUAGCAGCAACGGGUCGAGUCCUCUGGCCCCGAGGACUCCGUCUAACGUCGAACUGAGACACAACGAUAAAGACUAUAACAUUCAGGUGCAAGUUUUAGGGACGGAGGAGACUUGGCAGACGCCGAGUUUGUUGUUAGCUAAAGUGAAGAGUUCGCAUGGUAGAGCGGUUUUUUCGCAGGUGCAUUUGGAGAUCGAUCCGGAUGAGUAUGAGAACGAUGAGGAUAAGUAUAGGUCGUUGUUGAGUAGUAAUGAGGCGAGGUUGGAGAUUUUGAAGGAUAUUUUGUCAAAUCAUCUGGAUUUGUGCUGCGAUGAGAGCUUCGGGAAGGUGCAAUUUACUCCAGGGUUUUUCUUGGGGAGAUAUGAUGCCAAAAUGAACAUGAUGUCCGACUGCGAAAGCAUAUCCAACAACCAACUAACAUGCGACAAAAUCAGCGUCGUUUUCUGCGGACACAACGUAGAUCCAGGCACAGCCUCGAACAUUCGUCUGCCAGUUUUAAUACACUCGUGUCCUUCAAACUUUUCAACGUUAGAAUACUACGAGACCUUGGAGACUGAAGACAUAGGCCGUUUAGUAAUUUACGUCGACAUUGUAACCAGUUCCCAGCAUCUCCUGUGCAAGAGACUCAGACACGGUUUGGUUGUGAUACCCAGGCAACAAACCAACGGGAUGAGUCGUUCCAGCAACGCGUGGUUGAGUCCGAUGGGCAGUGCCGCUUUCUCUCUACAAAUUCACAUACCCCUAGACAGCAACAUGGGAAGGUCACUAUCCAUGAUCCAACACCUCGUCAUGGUAGCCGUUGUCUCCGCCAUUAAGAAACAAGGUUACGAAGAACUAAACAUCGGCAUAAAAUGGCCUAACGAUCUUUAUGCCGACUCUUCAAUCAAAAUUGGAGGGAUUCUAGUCAAUUCGAUCAUUUUCGGCAACCUUGCUGUUGUAAAUAUAGGCUGUGGUGUGAAUCUAUCCAACCAAAACCCCACGGUGUGCAUAAACGACCUGAUAGAACGUGCCAGUAUAGAAACCAACACUACCCUCAAACCAAUUCCUUAUGAAAAAUACUUCGCUAUGGUGUUCAACGAAAUCGAGAAGCUUUACCAAGACGUCCAGUUGAAAGGAACAGACGGGUUUCUCGAUUUGUAUUACAAAUAUUGGUUGCACAGUGAUGCCGACGUCACGAUACGAACGGACAAAGACGAGUCGAAACGAGCCAAAGUGGUGGGGAUCGAUCAGUUCGGGUUCCUGAGUGUUCGAUUGGACGAUGGCACGUUAACGUCAGUCCAACCAGAUGGUAAUUCGUUCGAUAUGAUGAGUGGGUUAAUCGCGCCAAAGAAAUUUUGAAGCUGUUUUUGUGGUUUUCUAUUUUUUUAAAUAGGUGUUUUUCAUGUUUUAUUGUUGUCUCUUGGUGUAAUGCAGAUUAUUAUUAAUAUAUGUUGUUGGCUA